AUGCGGCGGCACUACGCCGAGCUCCUCCGCCGUGCCGCCUCGCUGCCGUCUCUCUCGCUCGUGGCCUCCCUCCACGCCGCCGCGCUCCGCCGAGGCGCGGUCCUCGUCCCCUCGCUCAUCCACGCCUACUCCGCGUGCGGCGACCCAGCCUCCGCCCGCAGCGUGUUCGACGGAUUGCCCGCACAGGAGCAGACACUCUCCGCGCGCACCGCGCUGGCCAGCGCUAUGUCCGCGCACGGCAGGUGCCGGGAGGUGUUCGGCCUGUUCCGCGGCUGGGAGGGGGAGAUGGACGACAAGGCGGUGACGGUGGUCCUCGCCGCGUGCGCUAGGGCCGGGAUGAUCAGCGAGGGGAGGGAAGUCUUUGCGAGGGUGCGGAGGCCAGCGUUGCAGCACUACACGUGCAUGGUGGAGAUGCUGGGACGGGCCGGGGAGGUCGAGGAGGCAGAGGGGCUGCUGGCGCGGAUGGAGGCGCGACCGGACAGGAUCAUCUGCACGGUGCUGCUCGCGGCGUGCCGGGUGCAUGGCCGUGUCGAUGUGGCUGAGAGAGUGGCUAGGUUGAUGAGCGAGUAUGGCAUUGUAUGA